CCUCCUUGCUUAUUCGCUCGUAUUAUUUAUUGAGAGCACGCUUGCUGUUCACCACUCGCCGGAUUUAUUCAGACAAAUACACGCACAAAUUUUGAAUACCAUAGAGCACUCAUCAACGACCACCAUCAUGGACCAAGAAACUAUCUCACUAUUGGAUGACAAAGAAACCUCAUCGGCCAAGAAAACCCGCCCAUCAUAUUCUCUAUUCAAGAUCGCGGUGUUGAUCGCUUUAACCUAUAUCUGUUUCCUAGAGACUGUAAGGUUCGCGGUAACGUAUGAGACACUACAGCCAACUCGCCAUCACAAUACCCCAUAUUCACCCGCGAGCAGUGCGAUAGAAUACUCAAAUACAAAGAUAUGGCAGGAAGGUGAUUAUUCGAAGUUCGAGAGAGAACCAAGUCCGGAACUGGAUGCGCUGUGGAAUGAAAUUCUCACUGGGCAAAAUGUCCGAAUUACAGAGGACGAGAUGAAGUUACAAGGGGAGAACACAAGCAACAGGGCGGAGCUAGAAGAUGGAGGAUACUUAGGCCUCAUGUCCGUUUGGCAUAGUCUGCACUGUCUGGACGUCCUGCGAAGAAAUAUCAACAUGGAUUAUUACUGGGCACUCAUUCCUGAAGAGGAACGGGGUAGGGGACUGUGGACGAAAGAGCACUCUAACCACUGUAUCGAGCGCCUCCGAUCAGACGUCAUGUGCCAUCCGAAUAUUGCAGUUUAUAUACCUAAAUGGGUAGAAAAUGGACAUCAUCCGGACGGAAUGGCGAUGCGCUCAAACGGGGAGACUGAAUGUGUCAAUUGGAAUGCUUUGGACCAAUGGGCGAGGAAAAGGGCGUUGGCGCAUGGGAAGUAUAAGCUGAAGCCGAGGCCGUAUGCAAGGAAGAAAAACAAGGAUUGA